CCAUGGCCACCCCCUCUUUUCGAUCAAAGCUUGAAGCUCGAGUCGCCGCAGUCAACUCUCUCUUGUGCGUUGGUCUAGACCCGCACGAGAAAGAGCUGUUUGCAGACGGAUGGGAAGGCGUGCCGGAAGAAAAUCGCUGUGACGCGGCCUUUACCUUUUGCAAAACGUUGGUCGACGCAACAUUGCCUUACACGGCCUGCUACAAACCCAAUGCUGCCUUUUUCGAGGCGUUAGGCGAUGGAGGGAUAGCGGUUCUGCGACGAGUUUGUCAAAACAUAAUACCGGAUGAUGUGCCGAUUUUGUUGGAUGUCAAGCGCGGCGACAUUGGCUCGACCGCUGCGGCCUACGCCGAAGCGUGCUAUGGUUUGGGUGCAGACUGUGUCACGCUUUCACCACUGAUGGGAUGGGACUCAGUCAGUCCCUUUGUUACAGAAAAGUACGUUCACAAAGGAGCAUUUUUGCUGUGCAAAACGUCAAAUCCUGGAUCCAACGAUUUUUUAGCUCUGGGAUUACGUUCAAAUGAAUGUUUAUACGAAAGAAUUGCCAAGCUUGUUGGCUCGGAAUGGGCUCAGCAGACCGAGAGUUCAUUGGGACUCGUUGUCGGGGCCACAGAUCCAGUGGCCUUGUCCAAAGCGAGAAAGGCUGCAGGCGACGACACCUGGAUUCUAGCACCCGGCGUUGGUGCUCAAGGUGGAGAUCUUCUAGAAGCAGCGCAGGCUGGAUUGAAUACAAAGGGGACUUGCAUGCUAAUUCCCGUGUCUAGGGGUAUCAGCAAAGCUACGGACCCAGCGCAGGCUGCAAAAGAAUUGCAGGAGAGGAUUCAGAAAGCUCGGGACCAAGUCGUGGCCGCACACAUGAUAAAAAAGAGUUCAGACGAAGAUAUUAAACUCUAUCAACGCGAGUUUCUUGAAUUUAGUCUGUCUCUAGGUGUUCUCAAAUUCGGCUCUUUUGUGCUGAAAAGCGGCCGCAUCUCUCCAUAUUUUUUCAACGCCGGUCUUUUUGCUUCUGGCGCUGCGUUAAGCAAGCUUGGGAAAGCCUAUGCUUCGACUAUCAUAGCUGCUGGGCCCAACCAAGUCAAUUUUGAUGUGAUUUUUGGUCCUGCAUACAAGGGUAUUUCUCUAGGUGCUGUCGUUGGAAGCGCUCUGUAUAACGAUUUUGAAGUAGAUGUCGGUUUUGCGUAUGACCGAAAAGAGGCAAAGGAUCAUGGGGAAGGUGGUAAAUUGGUCGGGACUUCGUUGGAAGGAAAACGAGUUCUGAUUGUAGAUGACGUAAUCACAGCGGGAACCGCCAUUCGUGAGUCGCACACUUUGCUCAACGAUGUGGGUGCUUUGCCAGUUGGAGUAGUUAUUGCCCUCGAUCGAGCCGAAAUUCGCUCUAUGGAGGACAAGAUUUCCGCUGUUCAAGCAGUCGCACGAGAUCUAUCUCUUUUGGUCGUGUCAAUUGUCAGUCUUCCUCAACUACAGACAUUUCUCGAACGAAGUCCGGACUACGGCGAUGAAACGCUGGAAAAAGUAAUUAAGUAUCGAAACGAAUACGGAGUGUAA